AACACAAAAACAUGUCGCAACCUGUAGCCAUCGUCACAGGCGCUGCCUCAGGCAUCGGCCUCGCAGUAGCAACCCACCUGUCAACCCUCAACUACCGCGUCGUAAUCGCAGACCUCAACCCCUCGACCGGCGAAGCCGCCGCCGCAUCCCUAGGCCCCUCCGCAACCUUCAUCCAAUGCGACGUCUCCUCAUACACCUCGCAAGCAAGACUCUUCAAGCAAGCGUACGAGUGGGGCGGCAACCGCCUCGAUUUCUGCCACGCGAAUGCUGGGGUCGAUGACCGCCAGUUGCUGUACGAUGGCAUGGAUAAAGAGGAGGUGGAUGACGAGGGGUUGGUGAAGCCGCUGAAUACAAAGACCAUGCAGGUCAAUCUUGAAGCUGUGAUCCAGGGAUUGUGGUUGUUCAAGUAUUAUGUUAGGAGGAGUAAGGAGGCUGGUGGGGGGAAGGGCAAGUUUGUGGCUACGAGUUCGGCGGCGGGGUUGUACGUAAUGACGCAAAACCCACAAUACACAGCCUCGAAAUACGGCGUCGUAGGGUUCGUCCGCGCCGCCGGCCCCGUCCUCACAGCAAACGACUCCAUAACCGUCAACGCAAUCUGUCCAGCCUUCAUCCCCACCAACCUGCCACCGCCCGAGAUCCUCGCGCUGUGGCCCAAGGAGCACAUCACCCCGCUGUCGACGGCGCUCAAGGCCAUUGACGCGUUUCUUGCCGAUGAUGCCAUGACGGGCCAGGCGGUGGAGCUUAGCCAGGAGAACAUCUAUUUCAGGAAGCAUGUGGAGUGGGCGAAUGAGAGUCAGAGGUGGUGUGGGGAGGAUAGUGGGAAGAUUUGGGAUGCGGGGUAUGCUAAGGUGCCUGAGAAGAAGGGGUAUUGA